UUAAUUGUGCUGAGAACCCCAUGGUCAGCAGUAGCAUAAUCUGCUUAGUGAUCUCUAUCCGUGGCGUUGAUUAUAUGUAAUUGGCAGCCAUGCACGUUACUAAUAUCAUAGAAGAACUGAAAAUGGCGUCGAAGAAUUUAACAACCAUAGAUACCAGAGCAGAAUUGGCCGAAUUAGUGAAGAGAAAAGCUGAGAUUGCGGAUACAUUAGCCAACCUAGAGCGACAAAUAUAUGCUUUUGAAGGAAGUUACUUAGAAGAUACUCAACUGUAUGGAAACAUUAUCCGAGGAUGGGAUCGCUACCUAGCAAGCAACAAAAAUACAAACAGCAAGGCAGAUAAACGUAACAGGAAAUUUAAGGAGGCAGAGAGACUAUUUUCAAAAUCUUCCAUUACAUCAAUGGCCGCUGUAAGUGGACUGGUGGAUCAAACACAGGACAAGGAAAGAAACAGUGAAACAGAAUCCCAAACUGGAAAUAGUGGCAGCGAAGACAAUACAGGGAAGGAGUCAGGAAAAAAUAACAUUACAACUGUUCACCAUCAUACUACCAAUGGAAGCAAUAGCUCUACCAUGGGUCCAGCACUCAAUGGCAGUGUAAACAUGGACAGACCAGUGACUCCAACCAAAGAGACAGCCAGCAAGGAGAGCAAAGCAGUGCAUCGUUCAGGCACAAAGAAAAAUACAAAUAAAAAAGCAAGACAUCGAUGACAAAUAAAACACAAAGCAUAAAUGUGACUUGUUAACAUAUUUAUUAAACAAACUUUAUUAUGUAAUAAAAAUGAACCGAAGUACUGGACAUUUAAUGUCAUGGUUUCUCUAAGGGUAUAUACAAUAUUUAUUUUUUAAAUACUUUUUUAUUGCAUAACUGUAUUUAAUUGUCCUAAUUACUUGACAGUGAAGUUCUUUUUACAUUUCUGUUUAUACAUAUGCAUCAGCAAAGGUGUCAGCCUCUGUUGAUUUUCUGUGUUGUGUGCAUUAUUAUAUUUUCUAAAGAAUUAAUGAGAAACAAUUCUUUUAUUUUCAGACAUUUCAGGGUCCUAAUUUUCAUGAUGAGCAGGUGGACAGCUCAGGGGCUGAACUUGUCCUCAAAAACCUCAUUUUAUAUUGCUCCUUUUUUAGUAUAUGAAUAACGUGUGUACAUGUUAUUUUUAUGUAUGUUUUAAGAUGGAAUGAAUUUUAAUGAGUCAGGAUUACUUAGUAGUGAUGGGCUAUGGGCUGCAUGGCCAGUGUUUAAUUUUUAGCAAGGACAGGGGGUUUUCAUUUUUCCACAGCAUCCAGACCAGCCCUGGGGCCCGCCUAGCCCCCUACUGAGUAGGUACCAGACUCUUCUUUCUUAGGCAUAAAGCAGCCAUGUUAGGAAACUCACCAUUCACCUCUGUGUGAUUCUGAAGUCAAGAAUGGUGGAGCUACACCUCCACUCCCUGAUACCUCUUCAUGGGUUAAUGCUUGAUAAAUAAACACAGGGACAACUGUACCUUUUUACCUUUAUGAUUGAUAAACACCUGACAGCUCUUACCAAUUAAGUAAUUCAAAUUAAUGUGUAUUAACUCAUUAUGGAGAGAAAGAUAGGCCAUCACCUUUGCUAACAAUUUCCAGAAGUGAAGAAAGCACGUCUUCUGGGAUUUGGCACCGUGUAUAUGUGGUGUUAACCGACGUUUCGGAGGAACGUAUCGCCUCCA